AUGUCGUCUUCCGUUUUCUACAAGUUCAAGAACCAAAAAGAGCCUGAGCGCAUCACAUUUCAUGGCACCGGCAUUUCCGUCUUCGAGCUGAAGCGUGAGAUUAUCACCGCAACCGGCCUGGGCGAUGGGUCCGACUUCGACCUGCACCUAUACCCUGAGGACGACCCGACAUCCGAAUACAACGAUGACACGACCGUUAUUCAGCGCACGAACACCGUUAUAGUAGCUCGUCGACCUGCCGCCCGCGGUCACGGCAAAGCUGCCCGCUACGUCAGCGGCAAAGCCCCUGUCCGCGCCCUCCCGAAGGCUGCUCCUAAGUCUGCCGCACCCGUAACAGGCGCUGCCGCAGUGCAAGACGCCGAAGCUGCGUUCCUUGCCGAGUCGGAGCAGGCUUGGGAACAACAGAAGGAAGCACUUUCACAAGUAAAGCAAGUUCACCACAAGAAGAAGCCCUUAAAUGUGCCUAAUCACGAUCCUCCCGCGGGCUAUGUCUGCUAUCGAUGCCAUCAAAAGGGCCACUGGAUACAGUUGUGCCCCACUAACGACGACCCUGAUUUCAAGCCAGUUGCUCGCCCCAAGCGCACUACCGGCAUUCCUCGAUCCUUCCUCAAGACGGUCGAGAAGCCCGUAGAUGAGGAGGAUGCCCGCGGCGUCAUGCUCAACGCAGAAGGAGAAUAUGUGCAGGUCAUGACCGAUACCAAGACCUGGGAGAAAUUUCAAGAGAAGGCGAAUGCGGCAAAGGCUCAUGCUGCUGAGGCCGAGGCUGUGAACAAGGAGGCACAGAAGCGAGGUCUCGCGUGUCCGAUAGACCAGAAAAUGUUCAUGAACCCUGUGAAGACGCCAUGCUGCAGUAAGACCUACUGUCACGAGUGCAUUGAGAACGCCUUGGCGGAUGAGGAUCUGGUUUGUCCUGGCUGUGGAACGGAGAAUGUUUUGAUUGAUGAGCUUGCUACGGAUGAGGAAAUGGUGCAGAAGGUCAAGGCGUAUGUGGCUAAGAAGGCCAAGGAGAAGGCAGACAAGGAACAGCAAGCAAACGAGGAAGCUCAGGCAGCUGCCAAACCUUCAACCCCUAACAAUGAAGAUACCAAUUCUGUGCCUCCUGCUGAUGAGACGCAAAAGGCUGGUGAGACCAAUGGAGAUGGUUCAAAAUCACCUAAGCCAGAUGGUAGCAAUGCUCCUGAAUCAGGUUCAAAUAUCAAGUCGCCUCACACUGUCGCAGCAAAGCCCACAUCUUCGGGCACCCCAGCUGCUAGCGGAAACGGUUCUGACAGUGACACGUCGGCCACGUCCAAGAAGCGCAAGGAGCCGCCAACGGAUAUCAAACCUCCCACAGCCCCGAAGGCGAUGCGCCAGCAAAAGGAACAACAACAACGCCAAGUUCAGGAUACUACUGAAACGCUGAUUCAGAGUUUCCAGGCCGAUAUGGAUGCGAUGUUCAAGGGGAAUCCAAAUAUGCCCAUGUCUAUGCCUAUGCAAGCGAAUCCUAUGAUGGCCAUGGCAAAUGCCCCAAACAUGAAUGGCAUGGGUAUGAACGGCCCUAUGAAUGGCUUCGGACCCAUGAACGGCAACUGGAAUCAGGGUUACAAUCAGGGUUUCCCGAACAACAUGGGUUACGGCGGCAACAUGAAUCAGGGUUGGAGUAACGGGUACAACAACAACAUGGGAUUUGGCAACAUGCCCAGCCAGAUGAACGGUAUGAACGGUAUGAACGGUAUGAACGGUUACGGCGGUGGCUGGAACCAAAACCAAGGUUACAACAAUAUGGGCGGGUGGCAGGGUCAGCAAACGGGCGGUGGGUUUCCCAACCAGCAGCGGACGACCUUCAGCGAGCAGCCAAACCAGCAGGAUGCAUACGAACGCAAACCUCUGAAUCCGCACCGCAGCCAGAACAAGCAUCGCAAAGCUCGUGCCCCGGAUUUCCAUGUUUUGUAA